AUGGGGAGGGAGAAGCUGCUCCCACAGGGUCAUCCCACCAGCCAGGGUGAGGAUGGGGUGUCUCAGCCCCCUGACUUCAGGGGGAAACCAGGUGAGAGAAGCUCCCUCUUCUAUUCUGCUGGACAGUUCUUCUUCGAGUACCUGGUGGUGGUGUCACUGAAGAAGAUGUCAGAUGGACAUUAUGAACCCAAGAUAACCUACCAGUUCCCAAAGCGUGAGAACCUGCUGAAGGGCCAGAAGGAGGAGGAGGAACGUCUCCUGAAGGCCAUCCCCCUCUUCUGCUUCCCCGACGGCAACAACCGGGUCCCUGUCACGGAGUUCACCAGUGAAACCUUUUCUUUUGUCCUGACCAACGUGGAUGGCAGCAGGAAGAUUGGCUACUGCAGGAGGCUGCUGCCCUCCGGCCGCGGUGUCCGCCUCCCUGAGGUCUUCUGCAUCAUCAGCUGCCUGGGCUGCUUCGGGCUCUUCUCCAAGAUCCUGGACGAGGUGGAGAAGAGGCGCCAGAUCUCCAUGGCAGUGAUUUACCCCUUCAUGCAGGGCCUGCGGGAAUCGCCCUUCCCAGCUCCAGGGAAAACUGUCACCAUUAAAAGCUUCAUCCCUGAGUCAGGCACAGAGCUCAUCGAGCUGACACGGCCUGUGGAUGCCCACCUGGAGCACGUGGAGUUCCAGGCCCUGCUCCAGAGGCUCAGCCCCCACCUCAUCCUGCACAUCUUCGCCUCCGCCGUCCUGGAGCGCCGGCUCAUCUUCCUGGCAGAGGAGCUGAGUGUCCUGUCCCAGUGCAUCCACGCCGUGGCCGCUCUGCUCUACCCCUUCACCUGGGCUCACACCUACAUCCCUGUGGUACCUGAGUGCCUGCUGGACACUGUCUGCUGCCCCACACCUUUCAUGGUGGGCAUCCAGAUGAGGCACCUGGAGCGGGUCCUGGAGCAGCCGAUGGAGGAGGCUCUCAUAGUUGACCUCUGCGAAGGGAAGAUCAUCCGGGCGGUUGGGGAUGAGGAGGAGAUCCUGCCCAUCAAGCUGCAGAACGAGGUGUUGACAUCUCUGAGCAGGCACAACAACAACAACAACAUGCACACACCUGAGCAGGUGAAUGCUCUGGUCUCUGAGACCUUCGUGCAGUUCUUUGUCCGGGUGGUUGGUCAUUAUGCCUCAUACAUCAAGUGGAGUAAAAAUGGUUCUGGAGCCUUCCAGGAACGACCCUUCUGCAAAGCCAUCACCUCCAAGACCUGCCGCAGGUUUCUGAAGAAGUUUGUGAAGACCCACAUGUUUUCCCUGUUUAUUGAGGAGGCAGAAAAGAGCAGGAUCCCACAGGAAGCCUAUUUCCAGAGGAAAAUAACAGAGUACCAAGAACAGAAGCAGCACCGAAGGGCUAGAGAG